AUGUCACGCCACGCGGUUUCUUGCAUCGUGAAGAUAUAUUCUUUGUUCGCGUCGUUCGUAAUGGAAGCAAGCUCGAGACCUGUCGUUGUUCGUUUUCCUGCUAUCAUACUGCCACCUGAACUUCAAAAAAUGGUAGAUGAAGCUGACAUUGAUAUGAUCGUCGCCAAUCCUAGCGAAGUUUUUCAAAUGAGCGAAGAAAGUACUCGAAGAGUUACAGGAAUGGUGCUUUACACAAAAACAUAUUGUAAAAUAAGCGGAGAGUUGAUGGAUUGCUUUCCUAAUCUCAAAGUAAUCAGUAAUUUUGGUGCUGGUGUGGAUAAUGUUGAUGUAGUGGCGGCCUCUGAACGUGGAAUUGCUGUGGGGAACACUCCUGGAGUUUUGUCAGAUUGUACAGCAGACAUGGCAUUCGCUCUGUUAAUGGCUUCCGCGAGAAAUAUAGUGGAAGGAGACAAAAUUUCUAAAAGUCCCGAAACUAAACAGGUCAGUUUUAAUUUUGAUAAAGGGAACGAUCAAUAACUGAUUUUCAGGGUUUUUUUUCAAAAUGGUAUAUUAUUGUAAGCUCAUGUAAGCCUCUGUUCAGUCAGGAGGUUUCGUGAUUGCUAAGUACGUGUAGCCGUUUCUCCUUGGGGGGAGGGUACGGUUACACUUGAGCUGCGUGAUUUGCGUGACAGUUAGCGGAAUCGAACGAGCAGGCCCUCUAAAUUCACAAAAAACAUACUUGGAUGGCAAAAAGAAAUACCUAUGGAUAAAUCUGAAUACUAUGAAAAAUAUGAUUAAUCUAACUUACUGAAUUCCCUCAAAAACAAUAAAAUUAAAUUAAAUGUACAUUGUUGAAUGAAUAGUAACUUAAUAUGUACUUUACGUAUGUUUUGUAUUACACUUCUAUAAAUAAUACAUCUGUGAUGAAAAAGAAAAAUUUCGUUUACUCUCAAUCAAAAUUUGAAAAACGCAAGCGAGCCUGCAGAGCUGGCGUAGUUUUGACGAGCGACUCCUCAGUAUUUUGUUGUUGAAAAUUAUAGCUGCGAUCUUCAAUUUUUACGGCGGCAGAAGGCUGGGGAGAGAAAGACAAUGUACCAGUGGGGUGAGCGAUGGUCAAAGGGAACGGGGGGGAGGGGGUGGGGCAAUUGAAAAAACGCCGUCUUCGCGGAUUUUCUUCUUCCUUUCCUUCCCACCGUCCACUCUAACUCAAAAUCAAACGUUGCCGGUCGAAUAAAUGAUCGUGAGCUUGUAACGUUAACUUGCUUUAAUAAGGCGCCUGCACUGCAAGCUAAGCUCAAGCAUUCCCCUUAAUUUCGUCUCCAUAUUUAUAUUCUAAACCAAAGCUUUUUCUCGAGCGGAAGAAACUAAGGGACCCUAGAUGCGAGCGAUUCGAUUUGAUUAAAAUAUUGAAAGGUCUCCAAAUUAUGCUUUGCUUUCUCGGUUUUGAAAAUCAAGCUACUUUUUCUUAAAUUAUGCUUUUCAAAAAAGAAACGCAAAACAAGUCCAAAUUAUACAUUUAUUGUUAUUACCUUCUUUAUUUUGGGUUAUAUACUCGCUCUGAAAAAAACACAGUCAACAACUGCACCUAAUUCCAGACUAGAAACGGAGACUCCAUGUAUCUGUUAGGAUCACGUUUCUCUUCGACACCAUUUUGUUGCCUAUAAAACGGGAACUGGCAUCGAAGGCCACGGGGGUGGUUGCCGAGAACUCACCACCAUUAAUUUUGGUUGUCGAAUAGUCAUCAUAAUUGAUGAAAAACAACUAACUUCUUGGUGUAUCUUAUCUUACUCUUGUCAUAGAUCUCUUACUUGCAUGGUUAUUACGGCAGGAGGGUGACCGGAUCAACCAUUGGAAUUGUUGGUAUGGGCGGGAUUGGAAGUGCUGUGGCUAAACGAGCUAAUGGAUUUGACAUGAGAAUUGUGUACCACAACAGAAACAGACGUGAAAUCGAGGAGAAGACAUUUGGUAAGAUUACAAUUAAAUGUUUAUGAAGUAGCGUCGCUGCAGCUCCCUUAAGAGGAGUGAGGUCUUAAAUUACUUGUUCUGAAGUAUUUGUUAAGGGGGGAAGACUUAUUUGUGUAAAAGAUGAACAGGGUGACUUGUCAUUUGAAACUGAUAACAGCAACUAAGUCAAAGAAGAAGCGACAACUGCAGGAACUUGUCUUUAUUUAUCUUGUUAGUUAUUUAUUUGCGAUUUUUAUACAGGCUGGCCCUGUUUACUUUUAAAGCUGGUUUAGAUGAGGGCCUGUAAAAAAACUGACAAGGCUAGAUCACAACACCGGGAGCUACAUUCCCUUACCAGUUCAGAGAAGAUGCAGAAGACGGGCCUACAGUUUAUCGUCCUUAAUCCAUAAGACUAGAAUUUCUAACCAUUUGCGGAUGCCAUAGCAAAGGCAGCGCUUUCUCCUCAGUUAUUUUCAGACCUUAAGUGCUGGUCCGGUGCAGGGAUUGAACCCCCCACGGCAGUUCGGCGCUUUAAAACCGGAGCUUUCCAUGCGCGGUACGAUGUCGUUCAUUGAGGCCCUUGAUCCAAGUAAACCACUGGAAUGCAGUCUACCAGUCUAUGCAACUUUAGGUUGACAAACCGUGUCCAGCUGAUUUUCCAUCAAACACUUCUCGAACUUCUGUUUAUCACCUCUUUACAGGUGCUCAAUACUGCAACACUCUAGACGAGCUGCUCUGUCAGUCAGACUUUGUAGUGCUAUGCACUCCUCUUACUAAAGAAACAGCAAACCUGAUAACAGAAAGGGAGUUAGCUCUGAUGAAAUCAACAGCGACACUUGUUAACAUCGCACGUGGAGGAAUCGUCAAUCAAACUGACCUGAGCAAAGCGCUGCAGAGCGGAGUAAUAAGAGCUGCUGCGAUGGACGUCACAGAUCCCGAGCCCCUGCCUAGAGACCAUCCGUUAUUAAAACUACCUAAUGUUAUCAUUACGCCGCAUAUGGGAUCAGCAACUGUCUACACAAGAAUGAAAAUGAUGGAGGUGGUUUUAAUGAAUCUUAAAGCUGGCUUGAAUGGAGAGAAGUUGCCCUUUAGGUUUAAUUAAAGAGCUUUCAGGAAGGAGGGACGGAGUUCGUAGUCGUAAGUGUACACUAGUAAAGGAAUGGUUGUUGGAAAAUAAUUAUUCACUGAACUGUUAAAGUCGAUGUAGUAUUCAGUGGGUGGUUGAGUGCUACUUAUACUUCGUUCAACGUAGUUUUGUCGCCAUCGUGGAUUAACAACCGAACUGACUCCACGAGGCCAGUUUCCUGCACUCAUUCUUGACUCCUUUCGCUUCGCUUUGAAAACACUCAUCAUGAAUACAGGACAUGCUAGUCUCUCACGCCUGACUAAUAAAUCCGGAAUAUUUAUUUAUCUGUAAUUAUGUCAUUUGUUAGUUUUAUUCAGAUAAUAGCGGUAUUCAGUGACACUGUGUUCAUUAAAUUAGCACCUUAAAGGUAGAGAUUUAAUCUCGGUCUGUAACUUUGUUAACUUCUUUUUAGAGGACAUUUGAAUACCAGUAGGACGGCGAAUAAAUCAGCAUGGUG